AUGGAAAUGUCCACCCAACCGCUCCCCCCAAUCCGCCGCAUCGUCACCGGCCACAACGCCUCCGCCCGCGCCACCAUCUGGCGCGACAGCCUCAUCCCCGCCGCGCAAGCUGACCACGGCCCCUUCCUGACCCGAUUGUGGUCAUCCGCGCAACUCCCACCGGACGUCAACGGGGAAACGGAUCUCGGCCGCGUGGACACGGGGCUCUCGAACGACGGCACGAUCUGCCGGGUGGUCGACUUCCCGCCGCAAUCGAAAGGGAUGGUGCACCGGUCGCUCACGCUGGACUACAUCUUCGUGGUGGCUGGGGAGAUCGUGCUGACGCUGGACGACGGGUCGCGGACCCCGGUGGGGGCGGGGGAGAUGGUCGUGCAGCGGGGGACGAUGCACGGGUGGGACAACGAGACGGAUCGGUGGGCGCGGUUGUUGUGCGUGCUGAUCAGGGCGGAGGCACCGGUCGUGGAUGGGAAAACGCUCGAGGCAGAGGUGCCGUUCCAGGUUUGA